AUGUUUCCACUAAAGAAGAGUUGCUCUGCAGCAGCCCCCUUAUCUCAGCUCAAGAUGUAUAGCUUCAUGGGAGGGGGCCUGUUCUGCGCUAUUGUGGGCAAUAUCCUGUUGGUGGUCUCCACUGUAACUGACUACUGGAUGCAGUACCGUCUCUCUGGAAACUAUGCCCACCAGGGUCUGUGGAGGUACUGCAUGUCCAACAAGUGCUACAUGCAGACUGAUAGCAUAGCUUACUGGAACGCCACCAGGGCUUUCAUGAUCCUCUCAGGGAUGUCGUGCUUUGCAGGCAUCAUUGCCGGCAUCAUGUCCUUUGCACACUUCUCCUCCUUUGAAAGGUUCAACCGCUCCUUUGCUGCAGGAAUCAUGUUUUUCGUCUCCACUUUCUUUGUUCUGCUGGGUAUGGCCAUCUAUACUGGAGUGACAGUCAACUUCCUUGGAAGGCGCUUCGGUGACUGGCGCUUCUCCUGGUCCUACAUACUUGGCUUGGUCGCCAUGCUUAUGACCUUUUUUGCAGGUAUUUUCUACAUAUGUGCCUACAGAAUGUGUGAAUGCAGGAGGGGAACUGGCUCACGCUAG